GUACAGCUCACACACACACUCACUCAGACACUGGAGACAGAAACAUCACCUCCAUGUGUAUAUGUGCUUUGUGAAACCUUUUCAUUUUGGAACUAGACCAAUUGAUUAUCCUUGGUCUAACACUGAGACAGCUUGGAUAGACCAACGUUGGAGGAAAUUGGAGGACCCUGUGGAUAGAUUAGACUCUGUGGGAGUAGUGUUGUGGGCAUGCAGCCGGACCUCUAGCGCUGUGGCGGAGGCUGGGAGAGUCAUCUUGUGACUGAGGGGUUUGAGAAGAGAGGAGAGGACCAAUGCUUUUCAUAGAGCGCCCGCGUGUGAUGAACCUGGAGCGGCCGGUGGGUGUGGGUGUCCGGGGCCUGGAUAUGGAGCAGCGGACGGGGGGGAAGCUGGGGAAACUGACCCUGGGCUUCCAGAGGAGCUCUACGUCAGACGAUGACUCAGGUUGUGCCCUGGAGGAAUACGCCUGGGUACCGCCUGGACUCAGACCUGAACAGGUACAGCAGUAUUUCUCCUGUCUUCCAGAGGACAAGGUCCCCUACGUCAACAGUCCUGGAGAGAAACACAGGAUCAGACAGCUGCUCUACCAGCUGCCGCCUCAUGACAAUGAGGUGCGGUAUUGCCACUCUCUCAGUGAGGAGGAGAAGAGGGAGCUCCACAUGUUCAGUGUCCAGAGAAAGAGAGAGGCUCUGGGGAGAGGAACCCCCAGGAUGCUCCCUCGAGCCCUGCAACACACCCUCUGUGAACAUUGUGGUGAGGGCAUCAGUGGAGGAGAGAUGGCAAUCUUUGCAUCGCGGGCGGGUCCGGGGCCGUGCUGGCAUCCAGCAUGCUUUGCGUGCGCCACGUGUCAGGAGCUGCUGGUAGACCUUAUCUACUUCCACCAGGACGGAAAGAUCCACUGUGGACGACACCACGCUGAGCUGCUGAAACCACGAUGCUCAGCCUGCGAUGAGGUGAGAUCACUAUAAUUUUUUUCUGAUGAGUGCACGGAGGCCGAGGGGCGUCACUGGCACAUGAAGCACUUUGCCUGUUUCGAGUGUGAGACGGUGCUCGGCGGUCAGCGAUACAUCAUGAAAGAUGGCCGCCCCUACUGCUGCGGCUGCUUCGAGUCUCUGUACGCGGAGUACUGUGAAGCCUGCGGGGAGAAUAUAGGAGUGGACCACGCCCAGAUGACCUACGAGGGUGUCCACUGGCACGCUACAGACACGUGUUUCUGCUGUGCCCAGUGUAAGAGCUCCCUGCUGGGCUGUCCCUUCCUGCCCAAGCAGGGCCGUAUCUACUGCUCCAAGGCCUGCAGCCUGGGAGAGGACGUCUACGCCUCAGACUCCUCCGACUCGGUCUUCCAGUCCGCCGGCUCUCGUGAAUCCCGCCAGAGCCACAUGGGUAAGAGUAGCCAGCCGGUGGCUGAACAGUGGAGGCAGUCCCAACUCUUCAACCCGGUUGCAGUGGCUGACUAUAACAAGACUCCUAGUCUAUAUGGAGAUAGAGAGGACAGAGAUAUGGAUAUUGUGGGGCAAAAGCUGUCCCACAUGGGCAUCACUGAGGAGCACACCUGGAGGGACCGAGAGGACGCUCCGGAGGAUCCAGAGGAGUGGGCCGAACACGAGGACUACAUGACACAGCUCCUGCUGAAGUUCGGGGACCGCGCCGGGGUGUUCCAGACGCAGCCUUCAGAGGAACCCAGUACCAGUAGGUCAGCCGAACCCUGGCUGAAGCCUGAGACUAAACCCGCCUCCACCUCCACCAGUCCCACGAACCAGAGCCACAGUCACCUGCCUGAGAUGUACUGGGCCCAGUCCCAGGAUGGGCUGGUCAGUAAGAAGCACCUGCCUGAGAUGUACUGGGCACAGUCCCAAGACGGGCUUGGGGACUCGGCUUACGGAAGCCACCCAGGCCCUGCUAGUGCCAGAAAGAUCCAUGAUCUGGAUCUGGACCAGGGGCUGAUGGACCAGAGGGUUAGCGCUGGGGGAGCAGGGUUAUGGAUGCUGGACCCCAGGCAGUGGUGUGAAGACUCUCUGGAGUGUAUCACAGACGAGCUGAGGAAGACUGAGCACAGUGUCGGAGACUCCAUGGACUCUCUAGCCCUCUCUAACAUCACUGGUGCGUCAGCGGAUGGAGACAGUAAGGAGGGUCAGAUCCUCUACUCCCUCCACAACCUGCUGGACCCAGAAGAUUGUGAGAAGAUGAGCAUCAUGGGCACCCUCAACUCCUCCAUGCUCCACCGCAGCGCCAACUCUCUCGAUCACCAGGAGGGGGCAGCAGACCAGGAAGAAGAGGAGGAGGUGCCACCACCUCACCUUCAGCUGCCAGUGUUGAGGAGGAGCAGGUCCCAGUCCACACGGCCACCUGGCCAGCAGAUGGUCAAGUUCUCUGAGGACACGGUGGAUAACGGGUCUUACCAGAACCUGGCGGUGCGUCAGCCUCCUCAGAGUGAGAGGACGCGUCGGAGGGUGUACCACCACGAGGACCCCGAAAGGCCACGCCGGCACCACCACAGCCGCCACCACAACCGCAGAGCCCGCUCGGACAACGCUCUUAACCUGCUGCCUAAGGAACGGGUGCAGAGGCCCUACGAGGGACAUGGUCUGAGUUCCCUUCAGGAACACCACGCGGCCCUCUUCAACCAACCUGGCCCUGGUGCUCACAGGCCGCCACCCUAUCCCCACACCACUUCGGACUACUCCCUCCAGGCUCGGGGCGACCGGGAUCGUGACCGCUUCUUAGGCGGCCUAUACGCUGACGAGGAAGACUGGUGCUCCACCUGCUCCUCUUCUUCCUCAGACUCUGAGGAGGAAGGUUACUUCCUGGGGCAGCUCAUUCCCCAGCCCAGGGUUACUAGCAGGUAUCAAUACUACACUGAGGACUUCCCAACACGCGUUACGGCCAUGUCGCCCAACGACUCACGGACUAAAUCCAGAAAGAAGGGUCACAGAGGCAAGAACUGCAUCAUUUCAUAAUCUAGAUGUACAUUCUCUGUUUUACUUCCAGCAGUAAUCAUUUGUGGACAGGUGAGACCAGUUCUUUGUAGUUUGACUUGCUGGACAAAACAUUGUCCAUAUUAUUGGACUUCUUAUUAUGGGUCAUGUCUAACACUCAAACCAUGCCAGGAGACCUAAAAAAAGACAUUUUCUUUUCCUUUUAUAAAAUUCACCAAAAAACACAUUUGUUUUUUUUUACAACAUUGUAUGAUGAACCAUUGGAAGUAUUCCAGCAAUACCAUUGUGUGCAUUAAAUGGCAAUUAAUGCACUAUUGUUAUUGCUGACAGGGAGAGGAAUAGUUAGUAAAGUAGACUUCUAGAGACAAACCAACAUAAUUAUUUAAUAGUACAAAAUAUGAAUGUAUAUAUAUUAAGUUAAAAUGUUAAUACUGGUAUUUUUAUAUCCCCAAGUUUUAACUGAGAUUUUUCUGGUUUUGAUGUAAACAAAGUUGGCGUAGGGAGGCAGGACAAGCUGUUGUCGUAGUAACAAGCAGAGCUAUUUUGCACGCAUCACUUGUCAAUCAAUCAAGGCUUUACAAAAACAAACCAACUGUUGCCAGGAUACAAACCAUGUGCUUACUCAAAUCAAAGUGCCAUAAUAUCUGGUUUCUGGUAGGCUAACAAUUAACAUGAAGUUGCUCUUAAACCUCUCAACAUCAAUGUAAAGUGAUACCCUGAGUCUUUCCUGUAUUCCAAUGUUUAUUCUCUAACACGCUUGUCCCUCAGGGUGUAAAAUACAAUGUAAAAGCAACCUGUGGAGAUUCAUUUACAUUAGAGGUCUUCUCCAUACAUGCCCUUUAUACAGCGCAGGUCAUUAUACCAUGAAUACUUAACUGUUGUGAUGUAAAGAAGCUUUAAAUAAAUAUUCUUACCCAA